AUUAGAAAUGAGACUAAAAUAUUCGUCAUCAACCAUCUUACAACUAUUACUACUACAACUAUUACUUUAUAGUAAUCUAUUAUCUUAUGUAGUUGCUGAUGAACACAACCAUAAAUAUCAAGAUCAUGACGAAGUAGUUGCUUGGAUGAAUACUGUGGGUUCAAUAUACAAUAGACAAGAAACAUACCCCUAUUUCAAACUACCUUUUUGUCGCGGAACUAGUCAAGUAGAACAUCGACACGAAACAUUAGGUGAAGCUUUACAAGGCAUGGAUCUUGUUAAUUCUGGUAUAUCUAUCCGAUACUUGCAGCCUAUUGAACAUCAAGUCAUCUGUAAAACAACUCUCAAUCCUCAAGAUAUUGAAACCUUCAAACAAGCCAUUAGUCAACAAUACUGGUUCACUAUGUUCAUAGAUGAUCUGCCUAUCAACGCACCAAUAGGUAUAUCCAAUUUAGAUCAGGACGGGACAGACGUGACAUAUCCGUUACAUCUUCACAAGGCAUUUACGGUGGAAUACAAUGAUGAUAGAAUUAUAUCGGUGUCAUUAGAUCAACAAGAACCAAUGAAUUUGAACGAACUUUCUACACCAGAACUCUCAUUCACCUAUUCUGUUACAUGGAAACCAACAUCAAUAUUGUUUCAAGAUAGAUUCGAUCGAUUAUUGGAGACAAAGUUUUUUGAACACAAGGUCCACUGGUUAUCUAUUUGUAGCUCCUUUAUGAUGGUACUUUUUCUGACUGGUAUGGUAUCUAUUAUCUUGUUGCGUACGGUGAAACGGGACUUUUCAAGGUAUGAUCGGGAAGAAGAAGGUCUUGACGAUUUUGAACGUGAUCUUGGAGAUGAAGGAUAUGGAUGGAAGCAAGUUCAUGGCGAUGUGUUCAGACAACCACCUCAUUUAAUGCUGAUGUCUGCUUUUAUUGGAUCUGGUAGCCAAUUAGUGGUCAUGGGAUUGGUGAUGAUCAUGUAUAUCAUCAAAAGUCAGUCCUAUUCUGAACGUGCAAGCAUCAUGUCUGCUAGUAUUGCUCUUUACACUUUGACAGCUGUGGUAUCUGGAUAUUCAAGCACCAAGUUUUAUGCAACUUAUGGAGGCAAAGAUUGGGUGCGCAAUGUGAUUUUGACAGCAAUUAUUAUUCCUGUGGCGGCCGGAUGCGUUGGUGGUUAUAUCAACACAUUAGCAAUCUAUUAUUCUAGCUCACGUGCUGUUCCCUUUAUGGCUCUCUUUUCUGUGAUUGUUCUUUGGUUUUUAGUAGUAUUCCCAUUGACUAUUCUUGGUGCAAUCAUUGCUCGUCGAUGGGGUGGAUAUAAUGGAAGUGUGGCUGGUGAAUUCCCAUGUCGUAUCAAUCCCAUCCCACGUCCUAUUCCUGAAAAAUUAUGGUAUCAAGAACCACUGGCCAUUGCUGCACUGGGUGGCAUUUUACCGUUUGGAUCUAUUUUUAUUGAAAUGUAUUUUAUAUUCACCUCUUUUUGGACUUACAAGAUCUACUAUGUAUAUGGAUUCAUGUUAUUGAUCUUUGUCAUUCUCUUGGUAGUCAGUUCUUGUGUCGCCAUUGUUAGUACUUACUUUUUACUUAACUCUGAAGAUCAUCGUUGGCAUUGGGUUAGUUUUAUGUCAUGUGCAUCAACAUCACUCUAUAUAUACCUUUAUGCAACUUAUUAUUAUUUUACGAAAACAAAGAUGACAGGGGCCUUUCAAACAAGCUUCUACUUUGGAUAUACAGGUUUAUUGUGUUUAGGUAUGUUUUGUAUGCUUGGAUUUGUUGGUCAUUCCGCCGGUCAUUGGUUCGUUAAGAAAAUUUAUCAAAACGUCAAAAUAGAUUAGAUUUUUUUUUUAUUAUCAUCCCUGUAGUAUAGUAUAUACUAUGGGAAAAGCAAUAUCAGAUUUCCGAAAUAAAUAUCAGAUUUCCGACAUUUUAUGAAAUCCUUUUCGUAUUUCCUG